AUGUCAGUAGCUAUAGAAAAUGCUUUCAAUGCUGGUGCUGAACAUAUAUUCGUUGAUGAUUAUUAUCAGAUAGAUUUAAAAAAAUUAGUCCAAAUCAAUAUGGACGAUGUGCAUCUACAGCGGCGCGUUCGACGGCAAAAUCGUUUUUCACAAAUGGAUGGCACCGAAGACAAUGAAAAUAAAUUUGGACUUCAUGAGAGAUUAACCUUUCCCGUAGACACGGCUCCGAGGUAUAGUACAACAAUAGAUACGUUGCAUCGUGGUUCGCCAUUCAUUCGAGAUUGGAUAUUGACAUUUACUCAUGGUAACUUUGUUGUCACUUUUGAUUGCAUCUUUCCAGUUCUAGUGGAAGGUUUAAAGUAUGAAGGUGAAACAAACGAUGAACCAAAAUCUAGUAUCGAUAUUUUAGUCAAAGAGUUGAAUGAUGUUCAAGAGAAGUCCUCUAAAAAGAAAGAACACGAACGUAUUCAAAUGUUAGAAGAUAUUUGUGCCAAACUAUAUACAAAAAACUUCUAUGUCUACAGAAUUAUCAAUACAGCUUUACGUGAUAAUAAUUUACAGAAAUUGCACACCCUAGGUCCCUAUUGUUAUCUUCUAUAUAACUGUAUUGGUCGUGCUAAUAAAAAUGAUUUUUCUGGUCGUCCAUUUUUUUGGCAGAAAUUUCAUUCAAAAGAGCCAUCAUGCACGAUCGUCUAUCGUGGAGAUUAUAUUACUAAUGAAAGAAUAGAAGAAUAUAGUCAAGCAGCUGGGAACAAGAAAAAAUAUUUUAAAUGGCUUCAAUUUGUUUCUACUUCAAAAUGCCGCGAUGUAGCUGAUAGCUUUGGGCAGAAUGUUACGUAUGUGAUUGAACUUCGACGGCGCUCGUCUGACGAUCAAUUUACAUUCUUAAACAAAAACACAUAUUUUCUUACUGAAGAAGAAAUUCUUUUGCGACCUGGAACGCGAUUCCGAGUAACUGCUGUGAAACAUGACGAUCUAAGUAGAAGAGCGUUGAUUCAUAUUAAAAUUCUUCCAUCAUAUGUAUCAUACCUGCGAUAA